GAAUCAUUACUUGCAAGGUAUUACUACUAGCAGCGUUCUCUCCGUAUUAGUUUGACCUCACUACUUGACUACUCGUACGAUGGCAGAUUCAGACCCAGCACCAGCGGCAGCCCAGCCAGUCGCUUCGAAGAAGAAGGCUGCGGCCAAGCCGAAGAAGGCGAAGGUACCAGCCAGUCACCCGAAGUACAGCGAGAUGAUUGCGGCGGCAAUCACCAACCUGAAGGAGCGUGGAGGUUCGUCCCGCCAGGCCGUCAUGAAGUACAUCAAGGCGCACUACAAAGUUGGCAACGACGACAAGGCGAUCAACGCUCACCUGAAGAUGGCUCUGAAGCGAGGCGUCGUCUCCGGAGCCCUGAAGCAAGCGAAGGGAAGCGGAGCAUCUGGGAGCUUCCGUCUCGGAGAGAAGAAGGCCGAGAAGAAACCGAAGGUGAAGAAGCCUGCAGCGAAAAAACCAGCAGCUAAGAAGGCGGCACCGAAGGCAAAGAAGUCUCCGGCGAAGGCCAAGAAACCCGCCGUCGAGAAGAAGGUCGCGAAAAAGCCAGCUGUCAAGAAGUCUCCAGCGAAGGUGAAGAAGGCAAAAUCUCCCGCUAAGAAGGCAGCGAAGCCGAAGACUGUAAAGAAACCAGCAGCGAAGAAAUCACCAAAGAAGCCAGCGGCCAAGAAGGCAGCCAAGCCCAAGGCAAAGUCGGCGAAGAAGUAAAGUACUACCGGUAGAAGUCUUGUGUAAAUUAUUUCUUGUAUAUAGCAGCAAUUUUUAUGUGUGUCUGUCGUGGAGCUAGACCUUCACGCGCGUGUUUUUUAGCGCUGUAAAACUGCUUGUGAGACGUCUUAACUCGAGAUAUGUAGAAUAUAUUUUAUAUAAUUGUGGAAGUUUGGAUUUUCCAUUGCGGUCACAAUGUAAUGUCAACUGUACGUCUUGUGUUUAUCAUAUAAAUAAUGUGCACGUCAUUUUUAUUUUGGCUUACUGGCUACAAUGAACAAUCUGAAUGUUGAAAAAAUAAAGACAUUUUUAUAUAUACGAA